AUCACAUGAUGCGGGUGGACUUCUAUCGUGUUUGAAUCUCUCCCUGCAGCCAUUAUCACCACGGAAAAUUAUUACUCAAAUCUAUGUCAUAGAAGCAUCUACGUGUAUAUGGACCUUUCAGAAUCCCCAGCAUUUCUACCAGUGAUAGCGCAGCGCUUUCAAUCCCUUGUUUGGGCUUGCCUUGACUCGGAUUUGACUAGAACAGCAGUGUUUUAUGCAGAACGCUAUUUUGCCUUGGAUCAACACAGUCACGACGCCCGCCACCUCUAUGCAAUUACUCUCUUACGCGAAGGACAGACUUAUCCUGCGCUCUGUGUCGUAAAUAUAUCCAGACAAGAUCAAUGCAGCGGGUGUCUGGAGCUCAAAGCAAAGUGCUGUAAAAUCCUCGGGAGGUACAGGGAGGCACAAGAAGCUCUGGAAGAGGCGGCGAAGGAACUAUCCCAUACAGCAUCCACGUCUGCGCCGUCUUCGCGAACUGCACGUCAAUCUCCUGACCCCGCUGCAAUACACUGUCUAUCCGGAGCAAUGGCGCUCAGAGGAAACCGUCAAACCAUCGCGGCUCAAAGCUUCCACCAGGCCUUAACCAUGAAUCCCCUGAUAUGGGAGGCAUUCGAAGGUUUAUGCGCAUUGGGUUCGUUACCCGACGUUGAUGACCUAUUCCCUCCCCUCCCCGAUCCGACCAAACACUUACAUCCCGACGACGAUGCGUCCAAGCCUUCUGGGCCAAUCGCUACAGGAGCUGGGUUUUUUACACCCGAAGCAGGUAAUGCAGGUAAUCUAUUUCGUGGCUUGAAGCCAGGUGCAAAUCAAAUACAACCAUUUCGAAUGCCUCUUCCCCCGGGCCCCCGCGACUCUCUUGCUAGUAACGAUUCGCCUUUUCGCUUUGCCGAUACUACUUUUCAGCAAGCACAUCGGAGUAGUCGUUCUCAACCAACGGUAUCAGGAUCAACCCAACAACCCGUUACUCGUCCCCUCUCGUCCGCUGACGAAGCCGGCCCCAUGCCCAAGAAACUACGCUCGACGGCACCACAGCAUGUCCUCAAGCCUUCUAAACCAUUGAAGUUGUCCAUAGAUGACCCAUUGAAAAAGGCACGCACACGACUGGCGCUCAUGUCCUCUAACUCCUUCUCAUCUUCGAAUACUCGUUCCCAGCCUACGGUUAAUUCCAGAGCAGCGCCGCCUGCUUCCAAAAGCGCGGGUGUCAACCAAAAUGUGGCCACUCGACGAAGUACUCGACUUUUGAGUGGUACUGGAUCUAAGCACGCGUCCAAACCCUCAACCCGAGAACGACGUAAACAACAAGGCCAUGCUCGUUCGCGUUCUAUCGAAUCAGAUGAAGACGAGGCGGAAGUGGCAAAUUCACCCUCUCCUCCUGCGGUUGCAAGCUCCCCUCGGUCAGGCUCCCCUUCAUCAUGGACACUUAGUCAGGAGCAAGCAGCUCAAGCCGCAUAUGAGAUAGAAGUAGCAGACAAAUAUAUUUACGAUCUCAUGCGGAAAUUUGCUAGGGCAGGUCGGGCAUCAGCCCUUUACCAUUCCCAAGAAUGCCUGGACGCAAUCGAGCAAUUGCCUCACAUACAGCAGAAAACCCCGUGGGUUCUUUCUAUGGUGGGGAAGGCGCGCUACGAUAAAGGGGAAUAUGGAUCUGCUGAACGGGCAUUUAAAGCGGUUCGCAUACUAGAACCAUAUCGAUUGUGGGAUAUGGAAGUGUAUUCUACUCUUCUAUGGCAUCUGCAGAAACCUGUUGAACUUUCAUUCCUUGCGCAAGAGUUACUCAGUAUAGACCCGCGGUCGCCUCAAGCUUGGAUCGCGAUCGGAAAUUUGUUUUCGUUACAAAAGGAACGAGCGCAAGCUCUGACUUGCUUCCGAAGAGCGACGCAAAUGGAUCCGUCGUGUGCCUAUGCGUACACGCUAAGUGGGCACGAGACAAUAGACGAAAAUCUGGAUAAAGCGGUGACCUUUUUUCAAACUGCUUUACGUGUUGAUCCUCGCCACUACAAUGCAUGGUAUGGCCUGGGAACAUGCUAUCUAAGGAUGAGUAAAUUACGCCUGGCGGAGUAUCACUUUAGGAAAGCUGUUGAAAUACACCCAGACAACGCAGUAUUAUUGGGAUGUGUGGGGAUGGUGGCUGAGCGCAGAGGUGAUCGCGAAGGAGCCCGUGCUUUUUUUGACAAAGCCGUUGGAAUAUCGCCUGAUAACGCGCUAGUGCGAUACCGCAGGGCUAAAAUCCUUAUCUCUGCGAAGGCAUACAAAGCCGCGAUCAAAGACCUGGAACACUUGCGCAAUUCUUCGCCAGAAGAGUCAAACGUCGUAUUUCAACUUGCAAAGGUGUAUCGUUUGGUAGGGGAUGAAGUCAAGUCGGCGCAAUUACUCGCCAUAGCUCGUGAUAUCUCGCCGAAGAGUAUGGGGAAGAUCAAAAAAUUGCUCGACACAAAGAAAGACGACGGCGGAGAUGAUAAGAUGGACGAAGGAUGAGAUCAGUUUGGCGACGUACUCGGACUCUUUUUCUGUAGCUAAUAGAGCGGAAGAGCUUAUCUCUGAACAGCGCAGACCAGCGCUUUUGACUUUUUCAGCGUCUGUCCGAAUCGGACAAAG